GAGUAACGCCAGGAAGGAAGUGAGGGGAGACAGAAACUGACGCACAAGCAGAGUACUGGGUUUUUCCAGCUCAGAUGUUCAGAAAACUCAGCGAGAGCUCAGGAAUCCUGAAAGCUGAGGAGGAAUUGUCGACCAUGCGGUGCUCCAAGGAGGACCAGUACCUGAACCAGAACGGACGCUGCUGUGAAAAGUGCCCAGCAGGAACACGCCUAGCAAAAGAGUGCACAGACAGGGAGACGACUCAGUGCCAGGAGUGCGGAGAUGGACGCUUCACAACCACCAAGAACAGCAUGAGCAAAUGCCUGGUGUGCCGUCGGUGUUAUCCCUCCAACCACCUGAGGGUCUUAGAGGAAUGUCGGCCUCAGACUAACCGGGUGUGCCAGUGUGAGUCCCGCUUCUACUGUGCGUCGCCUGACUGUGACAUCUGCCGUCCGGUGACCAGCUGUCCUCCUGGCCAAGGGGUCAAAGUUCCAUCGACACGCACCAACGACACAGUGUGCGCCCCCUGUGGACAGGGAACGUACAGCAACACGUCAGACUUAUCGGCCUGCAGACCACACACCAGGUGCGAGGACGUGGGGCGGCACCUGGCAACAGCAGGGACGUCACGUGAAGACGCCAUGUGCGGAGACUUGAAAACAUUGUGCCCGUGGAUGGUCCCCGCCAGCUUGUGGGCCGGCUUCCUCCUAACCCUCCUGCUGGUCCUCCUCCUCUUCUUCUUCUUCUGCUGGAGGAGAAAACGCAGAGACACAUCAGCAAAUGUUCCGGUCCAACUCGAGGACACAGCUCAAGCGGAACCGUUCUUCUCCUUAGAGAGGAACGGUCACUGCCAGGAGAGCUGCGCGGUCCCGCACGGUGAGCCAGGGUUGACUUCAGAUGACGUCACAGACAGCCUCAGCCCCAAACUGCACCGCAGCUUCACGCAGCUGGAGAUUUCAGAACCGAGCGACGGUCACGUGACAGGGCGCCCGCUUCUACCCAGAACAACGUCUGAACCGAUAGAAGACGAAUGGAGCGGUUCCUGAGACAAGUGGACUUUGCUGACACCUUUCGGACAGAAUUAAGAACUGCAGUUUUCUUUACUUGUAUUAGCUUCAUAUUAUUCUCGUUUUGUUUUAGGAAAAAAAAUAUAAAAAAUAUUUAGGAAUAUUUUGUUUUGGUUGGAGUUGCUGGCCUCCAACAUAAAUUCUUGUUUUAUGGUUAAAACCUUUACCUUUCAUAGAAAAAGCCAAAUAAAAUCUGAAAUAAA